AUGGUGGACGGGCCACUGCGCUCCCAGCGGCCGGUCAACGAACCAAACUUUGUCGUUGUCAGAAAGAUAUGCGGGCUUCUUGCCCAGGUCCAGCUUUCAGAAGAAAAUCAUGUUGUUACGCAUUGGAGUCCUUCUGAAAAAAUUCUCUUACAUUUUUAUGCUAUUGAAGUUUCUCAAGAAACAUUGAGAGAAAUUGAGAGAGAAGCUCUUAAAUCUCAUGAUUACGGAACUGAGGUCAUGGGUACUUUUCGAGUUCCGCUAUACACAAUGUCUGAUGGCCAACGAGGGUUUCCUACAUUCUUACGUAACUCCUUUGUGGGGAAUGCAUAUCAUCAAUUGAGGAGAGGUUUGUUGCAGUCAUCCAUUAUGAGUGAAGAAGAAAUCAGAACUGCUGAAGCUAUAUCCCAAAAGAUUUAUGGUUAUUUUAAAUGGCAAUAUCAAUUGUUUCAUGCUGUAGUAGAUUAUAUUUUAUCUCUGUCCCAUGGAACUGUUUAUGUUAAUAUCUCACUUUUGAGAUUGUGA